GCCGAGUGAGGACCGCUAGCCCGCGGCACUGUCCAGGCUGUGGGCGGGAUCUGGGUGGGUAGUAAAGAGGUCCAGCCCAAUGGAAAAGAGAGGAUCCCGCACCCAUGGCCAGACAGGUCGCCACAAAGUUGGCAGCGCGAGCCAUGGGCGGAGUUUGAAAAAGGGGCCGCACACAGGUUGUGUCGGAGGCCAAAGUUCCCUGAUCAUGAGCGCCACUGGCCAGGAUUCCACCACAAACAGACAUCGAAGAAGUAGGAACAACCCCCAGUCACCCCUUCGUGACCCCAGCGUCACUUCGAAGCGAAGUACUAAGAAGGGUGCUGUACCCCGCUCCAGCCUCAAUCUAGCGGAGGUGAAGAAGAAGGGCAAAAUGAAGAAACUCAAUCAAGCAGUGGAAGAAGACCUAAUCCAGGGCUUUCAAGAGCUGGAUAUGAGCCCUGAAGCCAAGGUCCUGGUUGGUACUGGCUUGGUGUUCGAUGAGCAGCUAAAUGAAUUCCACUGCCUCUGGGAUGACAGCUUCCCUGAACGCCCUGAGCGGCUCCAUGCCAUCAAGGAGCAGCUGCUCCAGGAAGGCCUCCUGGACCGCUGUGUGUCCUUUCAGGCCCGCUUUGCCGAGAAGGAAGAACUGAUGUUGGUUCACAGCCUGGAAUUCAUCGAUCUGAUGGAAACGACCCAGUAUAUGAAUGAGAGAGAACUCCGAGUACUGGCAGAUACCUAUGACUCAGUUUAUCUGCAUCCGAACUCGUACACUUGCGCCUGCCUGGCCUCAGGCUCUGUCCUCAGGUUGGUGGAUGCGGUCCUGGGGGCUGAGAUACGGAAUGGCAUGGCCAUCGUCAGGCCUCCUGGACACCAUGCCCAGCACAGCCUUAUGGAUGGGUAUUGCAUGUUCAACCACGUGGCUGUGGCUGCCCGCUACGCUCAAAAGAAGCACCGCAUUCAGAGGGUCCUUAUCGUGGAUUGGGAUGUGCACCAUGGUCAAGGAACACAGUUCACUUUUGACCAGGACCCCAGUGUCCUCUAUUUUUCCAUCCAUCGCUAUGAGCAGGGUCGGUUCUGGCCCCACCUGAAGGCCUCUAACUGGUCUACUACAGGUUUCGGCCAAGGUCAAGGCUACACCAUCAAUGUACCUUGGAACCAGGUGGGGAUGCGGGAUGCCGACUACAUUGCUGCUUUUCUGCACAUCCUGCUACCAGUUGCUUUCGAGUUCCGACCUCAGCUGGUCCUAGUGGCUGCUGGAUUUGAUGCCCUACAAGGGGAUCCCAAGGGUGAGAUGGCCGCCACUCCAGCAGGGUUCGCCCACCUAACCCACCUGCUCAUGGGUCUAGCAGGCGGCAAGCUGAUCCUGUCUCUGGAGGGCGGCUACAACCUCCGCUCCCUGGCUGAGGGUGUCAGUGCAUCGCUCCACGUCCUCCUGGGAGAUCCUUGCCCCAUGCUGGAGUCCCCCGGUGCCCCUUGCCCAAGUGCCCAGGCUUCGAUCUCCUGCACUCUGGAAGCCCUUGAGCCUUUCUGGGAGGUUCUUAUGAGACGAGCCGAGAUCCCAGUGGAGGAUGGUGUGCAGGAGACCGAGGAGGAAGGACCCUGGGAGCCCCCUGUGCUGCCAGUCCUGACCUGGCCCUUGCUACAGGCUCGAACCGGGCUGGUUUAUGACCAGCGGAUGAUGAGUCACUGCAACAUAUGGGACAGCCACCACCCUGAGACACCCCAGCGCAUCCUGCGGAUCAUGUGCCACCUGGAGGAGCUGGGCCUGGCCGGGCGCUGCGUCACCCUGCCUGUGCGGCCUGCCACGGAGGCGGAGUUGCUCACCUGCCACAGUGCCGAGUAUGUGGAGCGCCUCCGGGCCACUGAGCAGAUGAAAACCCGGGAGCUGCACCGGGAGGGCGCCAACUUUGACUCCAUCUACAUCUGCCCCAGCACCUUCACCUGUGCGCAGCUCGCUGCGGGCGCCGCCUGCCGCCUGGUGGAGGCCGUGCUCUCAGGAGAGGUUCUGAAUGGUGUUGCUGUGGUGCGCCCCCCAGGGCACCACGCAGAGCAGGACGCUGCCUGCGGUUUCUGCUUUUUCAACUCUGUGGCCGUGGCUGCUCGCCAUGCCCAGGCCAUCAGUGGGCGUGCCAUGCGGAUCCUGAUCGUGGAUUGGGACAUCCAUCAUGGUAAUGGGACUCAGCACAUAUUUGAGGAUGACCCCAGCGUGCUUUAUGUGUCCCUGCACCGCUUUGACCGAGGCACCUUCUUUCCCAUGGGGGACGAGGGUGCCAGCAGCCAGGUAGGCAGGGCUGCAGGCACAGGCUUCACCGUCAACGUGGCCUGGAAUGGGCCCCGCGUGGGUGAUGCUGAGUACCUGGCUGCCUGGCAUCGCCUGGUGCUUCCCAUUGCCUAUGAGUUUAACCCAGAACUGGUGCUGGUCUCAGCUGGCUUUGAUGCUGCACGAGGGGACCCUCUAGGAGGCUGCCAGAUGUCACCUGACGGUUAUGCCCAUCUCACCCACCUGUUGAUGGGCCUUGCCAAUGGCCGCAUUAUCCUUAUCCUAGAGGGUGGCUACAAUCUGACAUCCAUCUCAGAAUCCAUGGCUGCCUGUACUCACGCACUUCUUGGAGACCUGCCACCCCAGCUGGCUCGGCUGCGGCCUCCACAGUCCGGGGCCCUGGCCUCCAUCACUGAGACCAUCCAGGUCCAUCGCAGAUACUGGCGCAGCUUACGGGUCACAAAGGUGGAAGACAAGGAGGGCCUCUCCAGUUCUAAGUCGGUCACCAAGAAGGUGCCCCAACAAGCCAGUCCUGGGUUGGCUAAGGGGAUGACCAUGCCGAAAGGCAAGGUUCUGGAAGCAGGCGUGAGGAAGGCAACCUCAGCAUUAUCUGCAGAAGAGUCCACUCCAGGCCAGACCAAACCAAAGGCAGGUAAUGUGGCGCUCACUCAGGACCAGUCCUCAGAAGCAUCCACCAGGAGAGCCACCCCAGGCAAGGACCCCUCAGAGGAGACUGCGGGAGAAGCCCCAGUGCACCAGGCCACCUCAGAGGCAGCUACACGGGAAGUCGCGCUGCACCCGACUGCCUCAGAGGAGGCUGAGGGAGGAGCCCAGCUGAUCCAGACCCCCCAAGCCUCAUGUACAGAAAAGCAGACCCCAGCAGCCUCACUUGUGGCAGGAACCACAGCCCUGCUCUCCGCAAGUCAGCUGCCUGGCAACCCUAGUACCUUGGAGCUAGGCGGGGAAGAUCUGGAGACCCUAGAAUCUCGGGACCUAGGAGAAGAAAGCCUACUAGGAGAGGCAGCGGGAGGUCAGGACAUGGCUGACUCGAAGCUGACACAGGAAUUUCAGGACCUUGCUGAAACUAACCAGGGCUUAUUUUAUGCUGUGACAGCACUGCCCUGGUGUCCCCAUCUGGUGGCAGUACAUCCCACGCCUGCAGCAAGCCUCGACGUGACCCAACCGUGUGAGGACUGUGGAGCACUCCAGGAGAACUGGUUGUGUCUGUCCUGCUAUCAGGUCUACUGCAGUCGUUACGUCAAUGCUCAUAUGGUCCGACACCACGAAGCCUCUGGGCACCCACUGGUCCUCAGCUAUGUCGACCUGUCUACCUGGUGUUACCCCUGUCAGGCCUAUGUCCACCACCAGGAUCUCCUAGAUGUGAAGAACAUCACCUACCAGAAGAAGUUUGGGGAGGACAUGCCCCACCCACACUAAAUCCCAGAAGGUCCUCCCUCUUCUUCACCUUCUGAGGCCCCAGGUAGAUCAGCCUUAUUUCCUACCACCUAUACCUUGGAUGAGGGUGGCUCUGCCCUAUCAUGAAUAUCCUUUGCCAAUGGCCCCAAGGGUGCUUAUUUGCGUGUAAAUACAUUUUAAGAGGACUAUGAUCGUCAACUAUGGAUCUACCCCUGUCAACUGCUGGUUCAAGGGACACCACUACUCCACCCUAGAAGGAAAGAAGGGCAGCUCAGUGUCCCAAAGAGAGGGCUAAACUCAAAAGGAUAACAUUGGGUGGGGGGUAUAACUGGCAGUUAUGGCAGGGUUGCGUAUUUAAUAAACUUCAAGUUGCUACAAAACCUA